CCCUGCGGCGGACGCUGCCAGCCUAGCACUCCAACAGAGUUUCCAUGGAGACCGAGUCUGGGCCGGGGCGGCCUCGCGGCGUUACCAUGGAGACAACUCCCGGGCUAGGGCUCCGAAGCUCUGGCUCACCGCUGUCUCAAAACCCCGCGGAGCCGCUGUGCCAGGCCGGAGCCGCGGUGGCGGCGGCAUGCUGGGACCUGCGGAAACACUCUUUGCUCAUCGUGAUCGGCGAUAUCGGUACAGAAAGUCAGCUGAGGGCCGUGCGGGCCCACCUUGAACAAGGGAUUCUCUCCUGGAAUGUUGACUUAUCAUCCUUUGACUUGAACCAGCAGUUGCGACUCUUCAUUACCAGGCACCUAGCUCACUUCUCCUCAGAGGUCAAAGGCCAGAGGACCCUCUGCCACCAGAGUGAGAUCCUAGAGACCAUCAUCCUGGUAAACCCCAGCGCCGACAGCAUCAGCUCUGAGGUUCAUCAUCUCCUUAGCAGCCCAUCAGCUCACAAACUACUAAUCUUGAGUGGGCAAAGUUUAGAGCCAGGGGGAGACCUCAUCCUACAGAGCGGCACUUACUCCUAUCAAAACUUUGUCCAGGUCCUUCACAACCCAGAGAUUGCCCAAUUGCUCAGCAACAGAGACCCUGGGCUCCAGGCCUUCCUCACCGUGUCCUGCUUAGGGGAGGGUGAUUGGAGCCAUCUGGGACUAUCUAGUUCCCAAGAGACCCUGCACCUCCGGCUAAACCCUGAGCCCACCUUGCCCACAAUGGAUGGUGUGGCUGAGUUCUCCGAGUAUGUCUCUGAGACUGUGGAUGUGCCAUCCCCCUUUGACCUGCUAGAGCCUCCUACUUCAGGGGGCUUCCUCAAGCUCUCCAAGCCUUGCUGCUACAUCUUCCCUGGUGGCCGCGGGGACUCUGCCCUCUUCGCCGUCAAUGGUUUCAACAUCCUAGUGGAUGGUGGCUCUGAUCGCAAGUCCUGCUUCUGGAAGCUGGUGCGGCAUCUGGACCGCAUUGACUCAGUGCUGCUCACACACAUCGGGGCAGACAACCUGCCAGGCAUCAAUGGACUCCUGCAGCGCAAAGUGGCAGAACUGGAGGAGGAGCAGUCCCAGGGCUCCAGCAGCUACAGCGACUGGGUGAAGAACCUCAUCUCUCCGGAGCUUGGAGUUGUCUUCUUCAAUGUGCCAGAUAAACUGCGGCUGCCUGAUGCCUCCCGGAAGGCCAAGCGCAGCAUUGAGGAGGCCUGCCUCACUCUGCAGCACCUAAACCGCCUGGGCAUCCAAGCUGAGCCUCUGUACCGUGUGGUCAGCAACACCAUUGAGCCUCUGACCCUCUUCCACAAGAUGGGUGUCGGCCGGCUGGACAUGUAUGUCCUCAAUCCUGUCAAGGACAGCAAGGAGAUGCAGUUCCUCAUGCAGAAGUGGGCAGGCAAUAGUAAAGCUAAGACAGGCAUUGUGCUGGCUAAUGGGAAGGAGGCUGAGAUCUCGGUGCCCUACCUGACCUCUAUCACUGCUCUCGUGGUCUGGCUGCCAGCCAGCCCCACUGAGAAGAUUGUACGUGUGCUUUUUCCAGGGAAUGCUCCCCAGAACAAGAUCUUGGAAGGCCUGGAAAAGCUUCGGCACCUGGACUUCCUGCGCUACCCAGUGGCCACACAGAAGGACCUGACUGCUGGGGCUGUGCCUGCCAACCUCAAACCCAGCAAAAUCAAACAGCGGGCCGACAGCAAGGAGAGCCUCAAGGCCACUACUAAGACAGCUGUGAGCAAGCUGGCCAAACGGGAGGAAGUGGCUGAGGAAGGAGCCAAGGAGGCCCGCUCGGAACUGGCCAAGGAGUUAGCCAAGACAGAGAAGAAGGUAAAAGAAUCAUCUGAGAAGCUCCCAGAGAAGCCUGCCAAGCCUGAGAGGGUGAGGACAGAGUCGAGCGAGGCAUUGAAGGCAGAGAAGCGAAAGUUGAUCAAAGAUAAGGUGGGGAAGAAGCACUUGAAAGAAAAGAUAUCAAAGCUGGAGGAGAAGAAAGACAAAGAGAAAAAAGAGAUCAAGAAGGAGAGAAAGGAGCUCAAGAAAGACGAAGGAAGAAAGGAAGAGAAGAAGGAUGCCAAGAAAGAGGAGAAGAGGAAAGAUACCAAACCUGAGGUCAAGAAGAUUUCCAAGCCAGAUCUGAAGCCCUUUACCCCUGAGGUACGUAAGACCCUCUACAAGGCCAAGGCCCCUGGCAGAGUAAAGAUGGACAAGAGCCGGGCUGCCCGUGGGGAGAAGGAUCUGUCCUCUGAGCCCCGGACACCCCCAGCCCAGAAGGGGGCUGUACCACUCCCAACAGUCAGUGCGCACAGGGAACUGGCCCUGUCUUCACCAGAGGACCUCACACAGGACUUUGAGGAGAUGAAGCGUGAGGAGAGGAGGUUGCUGGAUGAACAAAGGGACAUAGGACUAGGAGAGAAACCGCUCUCUCCAGGCACCACGGAGGAGGGAGUCCCAAGCACAGCUGCCCAGAGAACACUACCCUCUGUCUCAGGGCUGGAACAAGAAAAGCCUGUGAUGAAGGAGAAAGAGGUCGUCCCAGACAUCCCUGAGGAGCAAGGCACCAAUAGAGGCCCAGAUUCUGGGGCCGAAACAGAGGAAGAGAAAGACACCUGGGAGGAAAAGAAGCAGAAGGAAGCAGAGAGGCUCCCUGAUAGAACCGAAGCCAGAGAGGAAAGUGAACCUGAGGUAAAGGAGGAUGUGAUAGAGAAGGCUGAGUUAGAAGAAAUGGAGGAGGAGUUGCACCCUUCAGAUGAGGAGGAAGAGGAAGAGACAAAGGCUGAGGGUUUUUACCAAAAACAUAUGCAAGAAGCCUUGAAGGUAACUCCAAGGGGCAGGGAGGCUCUCGGGGGCCGGGAACUGGGACUCCAGGGCAAGGCCCCUGAGAAGGAGACCUCAUCUUUCCUAAGCAGCCUGGCCACACCUGCAGGAGCCACUGAGCACGUCUCCUACAUCCAGGAUGAGACAAUCCCUGGCUACUCAGAGACCGAGCAGACCAUCUCAGAUGAGGAGAUCCAUGAUGAGCCGGAGGAGCGCCCAGCUCCACCUAGAUUUCCUACAAGUACCUAUGACCUCCCUGGGCCCGAAGGCCCUGGCCCCUUUGAGGCUAGCCAGCCUGUAGACAGUGUUGUUCCUGCCACCUCCAGCAAAGGCUACGGAGCACCAGAGACUGAACUCACCUACCCUCCCAACAUGGUGGCCGCCCCUUUGGCUGAAGAGGAGCAUGUGUCCUCGGCUACCUCAAUCACUGAGUGCGACAAGCUUUCUUCCUUUGCCACAUCUGUGGCUGAGGACCAGUCUGUGGCUUCACUCACAGCUCCCCAGACAGAGGAGACAGGCAAGAGCUCCCUGCUGCUCGACACAGUCACAAGCAUCCCAUCAUCCCGCACUGAAGCCACUCAGGGCUUGGACUACGUGCCAUCGGCUGGUACCAUCUCACCCACCUCCUCACUGGAAGAAGACAAGGGCUUCAAAUCACCACCUUGUGAGGAUUUCUCUGUGACUGGGGAGUCAGAGAAGAGAGGAGAGAGUGUCGGGAAGGGCUUACCUGAAGAGAGAACUGUGGAAGAGGAAGAGGAGACCACAAGUGUACAGCUGUCUGAGAAACUUCACAGUCAAUAUGGAACCCCGAUGUUCGGUGCCCCUGGUCACACCCUAUAUCCAGGGGAAUCAGCGCUCGGAGAAUUGGAGGAGCGCUGCCUCAGCCCAGAUGACAGCACAGUGAAGAUGGCCUCUCCUCCACCAUCUGGUCCACCCAGUGCCACCCACACACCCUUUCAUCAGUCCCCAGUGGAAGAAAAGUCUGAGCCGCAAGACUUUCAGGAAGCAGACUCCUGCGAAGACACUAGGCGUACCCCAGGUGUGGUCAAGGAAGAUGCUGCAGAGGAGACAGUCAAGCCAGGGCCUAAAGAGGACACACUAGAGGAGGGGGGAAAGCUGCCUCCUCCCUGGAGCCCCCAGGCCCAGGAAGCAGCUGUCAGCAUUGUUGGGGGACAUACAGGGUACACCAUCCAAUUGUUGCCAGAACAGGACAAAGCAAUAGUCUUUGAGACUAUGGAAGCACAAGAGCCCACAGGCCCAAUUCUGGGAACAGAAGUCCUGCCCAGAGAUUUGAGGGCAUCUCUCCAAGAACCUGGUGAAACUCAGAAAGAUGAUGUGCUCCAAUUUCCUGACCAAAGCCUCUCCCCUGAUGAUGCAGAGUCCCUCUCGGUCCUCAGUGUGGUCUCACCAGAUGUUGCCAACCAGGAAACCAUCCUCAGGUCUCCCUCUGGCCUGACAGAGCAGCACCUACACAAAGACCUUUGGCCACAGGUAUCUCCAGAAGAUACUCGGUCACUUUCUCUCUCAGAAGAGAGUCCCAGCAAAGAGACUUCUCUGGAUAUCUCUUCUAAACAGCUGUCUCCAGAAAGCCUUGGUACCCUCCAGUUUGGCGAACUAAGCCUCGGAAAGGAAGAAAAGGGGCCUCUGAUGCAGGCUGAGGAUACUUCUCAGCACCUAGCUCCCGAGUCUAUUCCAGAACCCUGUGCAGCCACAGUGUCUCCUCCCACAGAUGUGAACACUGGAUACUCUGCACAGGCAGAUAUCACAGAUGAGAGCCCCAAUGGAAAAUUAUCUGCCAGCCCUUUCUCUCACUCUCCACUGUUGGGAGAUGGGAAGCACUCACCUGGAGUGACCACAAGCCCUGGUGAACACAUUCUGACACCUGAUAGCUCCUUCACUAAGAGUCCUGAGUCUUUGCCAAGCCCUGUCAUGGAGGACAUUGCCAUCAAGUGGGAAGGUAAAGUUCCAGAAUUGAAAGACAGAACCCCAGAGCAGAUGGACAAGGGACCUGAGUCAAAGGAUGAAGUCCUACAGCAGAAGGACAAAACUCUGGAGCAGAAGGAUAUUGUCAUAGAGCAGAAGGAUACAGCCAUCGAUCAGAAAGGUGAGGCUCUGGGAGAAAAGAAGGCUGUGACACAGCAGGAUAAGCCUUUAGAACUAAAAAGCAGAGUCUUAGAACAGAGGGACACAGCUCUGGAAAAGAAGGACAAGGCUCUGGAACCAAAAGACAAGACCCUGGAACAGGAGGACAAAGUCGUAGAAGAGAAAGAUGAAACCUUAGAACAAAAAGCCAGAGACUUUGAACAUAAAGACAUGACUCCAGAGGACAAAGUCUCUGAACUGAAGGGCAAGGCCUUAGAACACACUGAUGAAGCCCCUGAACAGAAGGACAAGGUUUUGGAAAAGGAAGAUCAGGCCUUAGAACAAAAAUACUGGGCCUUAGGACAGAAGGAUGAAGCCCUGGAACAAAACAAUAAGGCUCUUGAACAGAGAGAUAAGGAUCUGGAAGAGAAGGACAAAAUUCAGGAGCAGGAGGAGAAAACCGUGAAGCCAAAGGAGAAGAUCCUAGAGGAAAAAUCUUCAGAAAAAGUUGGGGCUGUGGAACAGAAGGAAGAAGCUCUGCUGGAAAAGACCAAAGCUCUGGAACUGGAAGAGAGCCCGGAGCAGAAGGACAAGGCCCAGGAGCAGGAAGAGAAACACUGGAAGGAGCAGGAGUGGCGAGAAACAUCUCCGACCAGAGGGGAGCCAGUUGGAGAACGGAAAGAGCCUGCCCGGACAUGGGAGGAUACAUCUCCUGAGCAAGAGGACAGGUACUGGAGGGGCAGAGAGGAUGUGGCCUUGGAACAGGACACAUACUGGAGGGAACUGAGCUGUGAGCGGAAGGUCUGGUUCCCUCAUGAGCUCGAUGGCCAGGGGGCCCGGCCGCGGUACACAGAAGAGCGGGAGAACACUUUCCUCGAUGAGGGGCCAGAUGAAGGGCAAGAAGUACCCCCCUUGGAACACUCGCCCCAGAGCCCCUGGGCCUCAGACUUCAAGGGUUUCCAGGAGCCUUCAUCACAAAAGGGGCUGGAGGUGGAGCGCUGGCUUGCUGAGUCACCAGUUGGGCUGCCACCAGAGGAAGAAGACAAGCUGACCCGCUCCCCUUUUGAGAUCAUCUCUCCUCCAGCCUCCCCACCUGAGAUGGCUGGACAGAGGGCUCCUCCGCUUCCAGGACAAGAGAGCCCUAUCCUGGAGCCUAAGACCAUGCCACCCAUGAGGAAUGAACCUACCACCCCCUCAUGGCUGGCUGACAUCCCACCAUGGGUGCCCAAGGACAGACCCCUGCCCCCUGCACCCCUCUCCCCAGCUCCAGCUCCCCCAGCUCCUGCCCCUGAGCCAUACACUCCUGCGCCCUUCUGGGGCACAGCUGAAUAUGACAGUGUGGUGGCUGCAGUGCAGGAGGGGGCAGCUGAGUUAGAAGGUGGGCCAUACUCCCCCCUUGGGAAGGACUACUGCAAGGCUGAAGGAAAAAAGGAAGAAGGAGGUCAGGCUGGGGCUCCUGACAGCAGCCUCCGCAGCUCCAAGUUUCCAGAGGCCAGUGAGAGCCAUGCCACCCAGGAGCCUGAGCAGACCGAGUCAGAGCAGAGAGAGCCCACACCCUAUCCUGAUGAGAGAAGCUUUCAGUAUGCGGACAUCUAUGAACAGAUGAUGCUUACUGGUCUUGGCCCUGCAUGUCCCACUAGGGAACCUCUUCUUGGAGCAGCAGGGGAUUGGCCCCCACACAUCUCAACCAAGGAGGAGGCAGCUGGCCGAAACACAUCUGCAGAGAAGGAACUUUCAUCUCCUGUCUCACCCAAGAGCCUCCAGUUUGACACCCCGUCCUUCAGCUAUGCAGCCCUGGCAGGACCCACCGUACCCCCCAGGCAGGAGCCUGAGCCAGGGCCAAGUGUGGAACCCAGUCUCAUCCCUCCUGCAGUACCUCCCCGUGCUCCCAUCCCACUGAGCAAAGGCCCAAGCCCCCCUCUUAAUGGUAAUAUCCUGAGCUGUAGCCCAGAGAGGAGAAGCCCAUCCCCCAAGGAAUCAGGUCGGGAUCACUGGGAUGACAGCACUAGCGACUCAGAGCUAGAGAAGGGGGCUCGGGAGCAGCCAGAGAAAGAGGUCCAGUCCCCAAGUCCCCCUCACUCCAUCCCUGCAGGGCCCCCCAAACAGUGGCCUGAAAGUGAGGCACAUACCAGCCCUUCCUUGGACUCACACCUGGGUUCUGCCCGACCCACCCUGGACUUCCCAGCUUCAGCCUUUGGUUUCUCCUCAUUGCAGCCAGCUCCUCCACAGCUGCCCUCUCCAGCUGAACCUCGCUCAGCACCCUGUGGCUCCCUUGCCUUCUCCGGGGACCGAGCUCUGGCUCUGGCUCCAGGGCCUCCCACCAGAGCCCGGCAUGAUGAGUACUUAGAAGUGACCAAGGCCCCCAGCUUGGACUCCUCACUGCCCCAGCUCCCAUCACCCAGCUCUCCUGGGGCCCCUCUCCUCUCCAAUCUGCCACGACCUUCCUCACCAGCCCUGUCUGAAGGCUCCUCUUCUGAGGCCACCACACCUGUGAUUUCAAGCGUGGCUGAGCGUUUCCCUCCUAGCCUGGAGGCUGCAGAACAGGGAUCUGUAGAGCUGGCCCCAGGAAUGGAAGCAGCUACCCACAGCCUCUGGGACCUCAAUCCUCUGAGCCCAGCACCUCCAGCUUCACUGGACUUGGCCCCAGGUCCGGCUCCCAGCCUGCCUGGAGAUGUGGAUGAUGGCACCCUACCCUGCCACCUGGAGUGCUCAGUGGCAGCAACCAAGAAGCCAAGCCCUUUCCAGGGUCCCUCUGGGGAUUAUGCCACCAAUGGUCCAACUGAAACCAGCCCCAACCCCCCGGGCCUUGCGCCAGCCAAGGCUGAGAAAGAAGAGGCUAAGGCCUGCCCUGCCUGGGAACGUGGGGCCUGGCCUGAGGGAGCUGAGAGGAGCUGCCGGCCUGACACGCUGCUCUCCCCUGAGCAGCCACUGUGCCCUGGAGGGACCUCUGAGGGCCAAUCUAGUAGUGUCUCCCCUGAGAUGGAGGCUGGGCCCCAGGGAUGUGCCUCCGAGCCCCGGCCCCACUGUGGGGAGCUCUCGCCAUCCUUCCUGAACCCACCUCUGCCCCAAUCCAUGAAUGACAGUGACCUCUCAAUUGAGGAAGCUCGGCUGGUAGGGAGAGGGGGACGGCGCCGGGUAGGGGGCCCUGGGGCCACAGGGGGCCCAUGCCCUGUGGCAGAUGAGACACCCCCAACGUCAGCCAGUGACUCAGGCUCCACACAGUCAGAUUCUGACGUUCCGCCAGAAACUGAGGAGUGCCCAUCCAUUACAGCCGAGGCAGCCCUCGAUUCAGAUGAAGAUGGGGACUUCCUGCCUGUGGACAAAGCUGGGGGGGUCAGUGGAACUCACCAUCCCAGGCCUGGCCAUGACCCUCCCCCUAUCCCCCAGCCAGACCCCCGGCCAUCCCCUCCCCGCCCUGAUGUGUGCAUGGCUGACCCUGAGGGGCUAAGCUCAGAGUCUGGAAGGGUAGAGAGGCUACGGGAAAAGGAGAAGGCACAGGGGAGAGUAGGGCGCAGGGCCCCAGGCAAGGCCAAGCCAGCAUCUCCUGCCCGGCGUCCAGAUCUUCGGGGAAAACGCUCACCUACCCCUGGUAAAGGUCCUGUAGACCGAGCAUCCCGGGUCCCACCCCGGCCACGCAGCACUCCAAGCCAGGUCAUCCCAGCAGAGGAAAAGGACGGACACAGCCCCAUGUCCAAAGGCCUGGUCAAUGGACUCAAGGCAGGACUGACAGCCUUGGGUUCCAAGGGCGGCUCUGCUCCCCCUGUAUAUGUGGAUCUCGCCUAUAUCCCGAAUCAUUGCAGUGGCAAGACUGCUGACCUUGACUUCUUCCGAAGAGUGCGUGCAUCCUACUAUGUGGUCAGUGGGAAUGACCCUGCCAAUGGCGAGCCGAGCCGGGCUGUGCUGGAUGCCCUGCUGGAGGGCAAGGCCCAAUGGGGGGAGAAUCUUCAGGUGACUCUGAUCCCUACUCAUGACACAGAAGUGACUCGUGAGUGGUAUCAGCAGACUCAUGAGCAGCAGCAACAACUGAACGUCCUGGUCCUGGCUAGCAGCAGCACCGUGGUCAUGCAGGAUGAGUCCUUCCCAGCCUGCAAGAUUGAGUUCUGAAAGAACCACUUUUCCUUCCCCAAGGAUCUGCUCCCCCACCUCCCUUAGAGAAUGGCUACUGCUGAGUCCUUUGGUGUUGGGGAACAUGGGAGCUGGGGGAGGAGGGGGCGGGGGAGACAGGAUGUCUUGUGGAUACUUGGGCUAGACUGAAUGGGAGGGGUUGUCCCUUUCCCUCAUCCAUACCUGAGAUGAGUCUCAAAACCAAAGGUAAUAGGAAUAGGAUAGGGGGAGGGUACAAAAUUAGGAUAGGAGGUCAUCUGAUGCCUGAGAACCCUGGAGUGACACAUCUCCUAGCACUGCCAAAUGCUGGUAUUGGGUAGGGAGUGAGGAUGGGUCUCAGAGAGCAAUCUCCUCCCUCAUGGAGGGAGAUCAUAUCCCCAAUCCCAGGGGCUUCUUUAUCUCAAUCUAUUUAUUUAGCAUCCCUAGGAAGGAUUUCCAAUAGUAACUUAUGUGACCUGGGGGCAGGAUGCUGUCAGUGAGGUGCCCAGAGCUGCACCCCUUUCUCCGUCUUCCAUCCCCUUACUCAUCAGGUUCUGGGUUCCAGCAGUGGUCUGGGGGUACACCGCUGCUACACUGUCCCACUGCUUCCCUCCGUAUUUGAAUGUCUCAAUCUAAAACUUGAAGCUCUUGACCAACAGACUGAUGAGAGAAGAAAGGAGCUUAUCCUCUCAGCCCCUGCUUCAUACCAUUCACAUCCCAGAGCUGUGUCCAGAUCAGGCCUACUGGGCAGCACAAAGGGGCAAGAAGAGCCCAGCCCCAAUCCCAGAAUUUUCCAAGCUCCCUGACCUUUUGAAGUUUUCACCCACCCAUUCCAAUUAUCCUGAUCCCUUCUCAUCUCCUGCUUGGCUUCUCUGCAUGUGGUCAUCUACUGUGGCCUGGUGUGUAAUGGGUUAAAAAUAAGCCACUGCCUGACAUCCCAACAUUUGACACCCCAGCAAUGUGUGACUCCCCCAACAUUCCACUAUGCCAUCCUGCAGCUGAAAUGAGAAUGCUGGCUGCCUUUCCAGCCCCAAACUCUUUAAUAGAGAUUUGGGGAGGUGGAAGCCAUGCCAGAGGACUUGCGAAAAAUGAGAGGGAGGAAGGAAAGAGGGAGAGGAAACUGAGCUUAAACUUAACUCCUAUUGAGUGAGAUGAAAACAGGCUGAAAAUUCCAACACAGGAAAGGACCUCACCCCUAGCAAGCCAACGAGUAGCCCUGCCAGACUACUGCUGGACUGAGAAAUCCAGAUGCUCAUCAGGGCUCUGCUUCUCUGCCGAAUGACUGUGUGGAAAGGAAAAUGAACCUGCCUGUGUUCUUACUAGCUCCCACCCUCCCCAUGCUGCUGUGCUCUGCUCCUCCCCACACUUCCCCAUUAUAGUUCCCAGCUGCUGUAACAGAGCCGCCUCCAACUCUAACAAUAAAUCAAGUUCAUUACAGA